UAGAGCUACCCAAUUGAGUGAAUGUUUUUUUUUUUCUUUUUUUCAUAUCAUCAAAAUACCAUAUAAAAAAGAAAAAGAAAAUGAUAUUGGGUCAAGUUGCUGGAAAAGUUUAUGUUAUGCAAUUAAGUAAUUUUCUCUUGUUGUUGAUUUUAUGUCGAUGUGAUGCAAGGAGCAGGAUCGAUGGAAGCAGUAAGUUAGUUGACAAUGGGGAAACACUCGUAUCUGAUGGAGAACAGUUCGCAAUGGGAUUCUUUUCUGAUGAUGCUGGGUUACACAAAUAUGUAGGCAUAUGGUAUAACAAGUUAAAUCCCAGAACUGUUGUAUGGGUUGCUAAUCGGGAUAUUCCGAUUCGGGCUUCAAGACAAAAGAAGGAGAAUAUUUCCGUGGUCGUUGAAGAUGGUAACCUCAAAGUGUUGAAUUCAAUUAGUAGAAAGAAUUAUUUCUCCACAGGACUAGUAGAUAGUAACUCUAUCAGUAGAGCAGAGUUGUUGGAUACUGGGAACUUGGUUUUAGUUGAUAAAUCAGGAACUAAAAUGUGGCAGAGUUUUCAGAAUCCAACGGAUACUUUCCUUCAAGGAAUGAAAAUGGAGAGUCUGGAAUUAACUUCUUGGGAUGGAUCAGGAAGUGGAAAUAGGAAGUACAAAUUCCAACUUCCAAGAGACAGCAAAAAUUAUGUCAUAGUUGAGAUUAAGAAUGGGGUGAGUAAAAUUCACUGGAAAGGGUCUGUACAAGGGUAUGCGAAAUCACCUGCUUAUGAACCCUUCAGAUUCAGUGAGAUGCCCGCUUAUGUCACCUCCUUUUUAUCCAAUUAUUCAGGGGAAGCGAAAGGAAAAUCAUUCAAAUAUACUGGUUUUUUCGAAGAUGCUAGACUCCUGAUGAACUCCUCCGGGAAAGUACAAUUCUACUCUUGGGAUAAAGAGCGUGGGUGGUCCUUGUUAUGGUCUGCCCCAAAAGAUAUAUGCGACGAGUUCAGAAAAUGUGGGAAAUUUGAGAUUUGUAACAGCAAUGAAAGGCCAGUGUGCAGAUGUUUACCUGGGUUUAAGAGUGAUGAUCCAGAAGAUUAUGGAGAAGGGGAAUUUUCAGGUGGUUGUUCGAGAAUAUCAACUAGCUCGUGCAAAGAAGACACAUUUGUGGAUCUGAGCUCAAUGGAAUUCUCGAAUCCAGAAUGGCCAGAUACAACUAUUAAAACCAGUGAGAACUGCCGCAGACAUUGUCUUGGCAACUGUUCGUGCCAAGCAUACACAUAUUAUGAUAAUGAAGGAUGCUGGUUUUGGGGGUUGAAGCUCAAUAAUCUCCAGGAGGACUACACUGGUGGCUUCAACCUCUCUAUCCGCAUUCCCCGUAUUAAAGUUGGAACACAAGGACCAUUGAACACAACGAUGACAUCCUCAAGGAAUCUGAGACCCCUUGUUAUUUCCAUCUCUCUAAUUCUUGGAGUUAUGGUUCUGUGCGGCAUUGGUUAUAUAAUUUAUCUGAACAAAAGAGUGGCAAGAAGUGAAGAAGCCAGAGAAAUUGUUUUGGGAAUGCCUAUGGAGUACUUGCCUCAUAGAGAUAGUUCUGAUGAAGAUUUAAUCACUGAAGAUGAUAAGAAACGGAUUGAUGUCCCGUUUUUCAGCCUGAAUAGAAUACUAGUUGCUACAGAAAAUUUCUCAAAUGCAAGUAAGCUAGGGAGAGGUGGAUUUGGACCUGUUUAUAAGGGUAAGUUCCUAGGAGGUAUAGAUAUGGCAGUUAAAAGAUUGUCAAGUAACUCUGGGCAAGGUGUUGAAGAAUUUAAAACUGAAGUAAUGUUAAUUGCCAAACUGCAGCACAGAAAUUUAGUUAGGCUUCUAGGCUAUUGUGUUGAGAGAAAUGAAAAGAUUUUGUUGUAUGAAUAUAUGCCCAACAAAAGCUUGGAUACAUUUCUAUUUGAUCAUGCAUUCUGUCGAAUAUUGGACUGGAGGAUUCGUUUUGAAAUUAUAUUGGGUAUUGCUCGAGGGCUACUUUAUCUUCACCAAGACUCAAGGCUAAGAAUCAUUCAUAGAGAUUUAAAGACAAGCAACAUAUUGCUAGACGAAGAAAUGAAUGCCAAAAUAUCAGAUUUUGGCUUGGCAAGGAUCGUUGAAGGCAAAAAUACAGAAGCCAAUACUAACAAAGUCGUUGGAACAUAUGGGUAUAUGUCCCCGGAGUAUGCAUUGGAGGGACUCUUUUCAAUCAAGUCUGAUGUAUUUGCCUUCGGAGUGGUCUUACUCGAGAUCAUAAGUGGAAGGAGAAACAUGGAAUUUUUCGAAGAUGUAAAUCUCAUUGGCUAUGUAUGGAGACUCUGGAUGAAAGACAGGGCAUUAGACGUGAUGGAUCAAACCAUUGUUGAGUCGUGCGAUGAAAAAGAAGUGAUAAAGUGCGUGAAUGUGGCGCUCCUAUGCGUUCAAGAAGAUCCAGCUGAGCGUCCUGUAAUGUCAAAUGUAGUUUUCAUGCUUGGAGGUGAAAGCAUGACACUUCCAAGACCAAAUCAACCAGCUUUAAUCUCACGAAGAAAUAGUGCUGGUCCAAGUACAUCUUCUUCGUCUUCUAAGCUGUACAGCAUUUCCAACAAUGGGUUGACAAUAACUCAACAAGUAGGCCGAUGAGACGGAUUUAAGCUAAAUGCACGACCGCACAUAAGUCAACAGUGUACUGGUAUAUCUUUCCUUUAAUUUCUUGUGUGAAUCUUCUGUUAAAUUAUUUUGGCACGCAAAAUAACCGAUUGUGUUUAGUCUGUGAUUGAGUCACUUCUCUUUGUAAAACUUCUUUUGGGUAAUUAAAUUUUUUAUUACCAAGUA